GAGUUCAUUAUUGCAAUGGUUUUAGUGUUGCAAGUAUUUUGAAGCAAAUACCUGAUCGCGUAAAUACGCACCUUUCAUUGUACCACAACACUAUUUCUCUACUAAACAUUCUUGGUAGAUGGAUUAGUUCAAAACGAAUCAAAAAUAAUUAAUGAAAAUGGAAGCAACCGCUGAAGAUACACCAAAAGACAGUGCCGAAAAUGUUCUACCUGAGAAUAAUAUCGCUGAAAAGCCGACAGCAGCUGUGCCGGAAACCUCAAGACGACCAAAACGUGAUGACCGUAACAAAAAAGAUGAAAAAACUGUUGAACAAUUCAUUAAAUCUUUAAACUCAAUUCCCACAAUGGAAGAAAAAUUAUUAGUAGUCAGCAAAAAAUAUGUACAGGCUUCCGAAGAUAAUAAAAAAAUGCAGUUUUACAUUAAACAAUCAGACAAACGCUAUGCCUUAUUGCUGAAAGAGAAGGAACAGUUGCAGUUGGAAUUCAACAAGACAAUAUUAUUGAAAUCUAAACUGGAGAACCUUUGUAGAGAAUUGCAGAAACAGAAUAAGGCGAUAAAGGAAGAGUCUCUUCUUAAAAUUAGAGAGGAAGAAGAACGCUGUAAAGAGACUCAGAGUAAAUUUCAGAACACUUUGACGGAAUUUACAACUCUGCUCCAACAAAACAACGAGAAAAAUGCGAAACUUCGUGAUGACAAUAUCAAUAUGACCGAGAAAUUCAAGAGUGUUGUGACUCAGUACCAGUUGAGGGAACAACAGGUUGACAAAAUGGCAAAACAAAUGGCAUUAGAAUCUCAAUUAGCGGAUGCCAAGCUUCAGAAGGCAAGCCUCGAACAUCAAGCGGACAGAGAGAGGCUGAUGGCUGAGAUGGAACAGAUGAAGGUGAACCUAGCCCAGUACAGAGCUAAGAUAGCAGAACUUCAGGGCACUGAAACUAGUCUGCGGUCCCAGCUGGCCGUCUACACCGACAAGUAUGAUGAGUUCCAGAACGCGCUGGUCAAGAGUAACCAGGUCUUUGGGGGGUUCAAGGAGCAGAUGGAAAAGAUGUCAAAGAAAAUCAAGAAGUUGGAAAAAGAGUCUCUCACGUGGAAGCAGCGGUGGGAGACAUCGAAGACGGCCCUCAUAGACAUGUGCGCGGAGAAGCAGGCCGGCGAGGAGCGGUCCGCCAGGCAACUACACCACAUGCAGGGCCUCUGUCGGACGCUGCAGGCGGAGCGCGCGGUGCUGCUGAGCUCGCUGAAGGAGCACGGCAUCGAGCGCCCGCCCCUCCCCGCCGCGCCCCCCGCACCCGCCGAGCCCCUCGCCGCACUCCCCGCCCCCGCGGAGCCGUCCGGGGAGAAGGUUGAAGCGUUAAAACACAGGCUCUCUCAGAUACAAGAUCAACUUAAAAUAUUGAGAGAGACUCCGCCCCCGGCACAAGAGGAACCCCCGAAGGCAGAAAAAUCAAAAAAAUCCAAAUCAAAGAAGAAUAAAGAGAAGAAAUCGCAGGGCUCACAGAAGAAGGACGCCGUCAAGCCUGAAGACAGCGCGGAGACCGAACUGCAACAUGAUGAUGAGACCGACGGGAAACUUGCAGACGUAGGGGGGGAACCGGCCACCGCUCCCCACUGUCCCGGACGAGCUGACAGUCCUGUCAAUAACAACUCUUGCGAUCUAGAAGCUGCCAAAUCGGACGACAGUCUAAACGUCAGUCCACUGCACGAAGCCAACAGUCCGCUACCGGAGCUAUCACUGAGCGACCUGAAAAUAGCAGCCAGCCCCCCGGGCGAAGCACCCGCAGCCCCGAGCGCCGCCACCAACGGGCUCCCGGACGCGCAGCCCGCGAGCCCCGUCGGAGACCAGCGGAGCGGCGAGGAAGUCACCACUAUCUAAUCUCAAACCUAUCAACUGUAUAGUUUUUUGUACUUUUAUAAAUAUAUAAGAUUUUGUGAUUAUCAUUUUCAAAGUACAAAACGUGUGCCGCUAUUCGUUUAGCGUUUGUGCGACCCUCCCGCGAAACCUGCACAGAGUCUUUCUUCAGCGGAGACAGUCUCUGGUGUGUUUAUACGGAAAAAGAUUUUUUGAAAUUUUACUUCUUUGUUUUAACAGUGGCGGUAAAUUGUGACGCAGACAAGUAACUAAGUACAGGGUGAAUGUGUCAACUGUCAAGUGUCAGUGGAUGACAGAUGAACGUAAACGUCAAAAUGUAAUGUUGCCAUGUUUAUACGGCACUUGUACCUGCUAAUUCUGAAACACCCUGUAGCCGGCACAUAGUGUUGCAUUGUUCUUACAAAAAGUAAUUGCAAUAUUACAGUAUUACUUUUUUGGCGACCAACAACAAACAACUCUCUCAUUCGAGCUGGUAAAUGUUGUGCCUAUAUGGACGUCAAGCUGUGUCUUCAUGAAGCUUACCCUUUAUAUUUUGUUUAUGAAAUAAUUAUUUACUGUAGUUCAUGAAUAUUGAGAAUUACAACUACAUUAUUAGAUAUAGGUACAUUAAAGAGUUACAGACAGUAUUUUGAUUCACAAUUUUUGUAAUUUUCCUUGUUUUUUUUUUUUGACAAUUCUAAUGUUCGAGCCAGUAAUAAAGAUGAAUGUUUAGAAAAAA